AUGAAAAUGAUUUCUUCCGUUAUUUGGAUCAAGGCAGUUGCCUUAAUCAGUGUUCUACUGAUGAGCACGCACAGAGCAGACAUGACAUUGGACGAGGUGGAGGCCACUCUGCAGUUUGAAAUUGCAACCGAUGCAACACCUAUAAGAAUAAACCCAGAGGGGCCUCUCAACUUCCUCCGCGGAUGCAUCUACCAGAAGAUGGAGUGCAUGUACAACAAAAGGUUCUUUGCUCCGCAGAUUAAGACAGAGUACCUUUUAAAGAAAAAUGAAGAGAAUGAAGAUUAUACAUACAACCGAAAUGAACAAAAGGACAAAGCAUACAAAGAACACCCGACUAAUAAAACGGAUACAUAUACCGAGAAGUAUCACAAUCAUCUGAUCGAGCUGUUUCCAUCUCCAACUGGUGACAUAACAAUUGAGACACGGGGAAACCAGUCCUUUGUUCAGUUCCUUCGAGCAAAGACAACAGAAAAGCAUGCAUUGCAAAUUCUGGCCAUGCUACUUCUUUUCUCUGAGGGAGUGGACAUUCCUAUUGAAGUCACCAACAGUGUACUAAAGGUAUAUGAAACAAACAAAAAAAAAGAAAUAUACUUCACAGUCCCUAUGGAAAUCCCAUGGCAAAACCUUGUGGAAGACAAAGUACAAACAUUCCAACAGAAGAAAGUUAAGCAAAUGAUCAGCUUCUUCCAGAAGAAUGCAAGCAAACAUGAAGUGCUUAGUAUAAUGGAGGACAAGUGUACGAAAGAGGAGAUUAUGUCUGGAAAGUUCUUAGACAGCUCCAAGUUUCUGAUCCAGUCGUACAUAUUUGGGUUCAUAGACACAGCACAGCGUGCAAUUGAGUUUAUACAGACUAUGCACACAAUGACAGAGAAGUAUGCGCCAAAGACAGAGGCACCAAGUAAAGGUGACUGUGUGUAUGACAGACUUUUCAAAACUGCGAGUACAGAAGCAGGCACAAACUGCAUGGCUCUAAUGAAGAAAACUCAAGAUAUUUUAAAUAGAUAUCGGGUAUUUCCAUUUACAGACAGCACGCAACUUCCUUCAUACACAUCUGUCCCAUGGCGCGACCCGACAACAAAAGAGUUUUCUACUGAUCCGUUAGAAAACUACAGCAACUGUGUGGAGUGCAUGAUUCUCUCUCUUUUCUGCUGCUUGGCAUAUGACCCAUCUGACUUUACAUAUAAAACUGACCACAUGGGGAAUGUCUCUGAAGAGCUUAAAGAAUUCUUCGCCCCAGAAGAGAACAAGUCAUUUGACACAACAAAGGCAGAGUUCCAGAUAAGGUGGUGCAAAGUUGUUGCGUGCUUGGAUGAGCCUAUGAUUGCAUACUGCAGAGAUAGAAAUGAGAUAAACUGUGGCAUCAUAAACAUGCUCUUGGUUAUUGCUGAAAUAGUAAAUAUUUCUAAAGAAGAAAAAGACAAAAUACUUGGCUUUUUAGAGAGGUUAAAGGAAAACCAAGGAGAAUUGGAUGAUAUAUUGUCGAAGGAUAUUCAAGAGUACACAAAGAUGCUACUUAAAUGCCUAUCCAAGACAGAAAUUGUAGGAAUAGAGUUUUCUUGGAUUAAAAGUUAUAAGUGCAGUAAUGGAAGAUACGAUGUGUAUGGAGAGAUUGCUAUUUUAUUUGAGCGGAAUGAGAUCAAGAAUAAAAUAGUCUUGGGAAUAUCAGGCUUACAUAGUACUACUAGCAUGAGAUCUGCUGUUAUGGACUUCGAAGACGAUCGAAUAGAGAAAUUGAAUGAAAUUGCAGGCAUCUGUAAAAAUGGAACAGAAUUUGUUGAAAAUUUAUUUUCUGCGUAUGUUGACUAUGAGACAAGAAAAAUUGAUAUGUAUGGGGAUGCUGAUGACUUUAUGAGGGCACAGGUGAGCAAAAUCAUUGAGAACAACUUCACAGACAUAAAUAGACUGCUGCUCAUACAAAAGAUCAAUGAUUUAGACUAUAAGGCGAGAUUAGUUGCCUGUUCUAUGGUCUAUACCAUGGACCAAAAGCUAUCUCCUGAGCAUCCCAUUGUUCGGUUUACCUCCAACAUAUUAGGAAGCACAGAGCUAGAUAACCCGAGAAUUCAAAGGGAAGUGCUUCCCUCAAUUACAUUCACAGGCCUGCUUAAUAAAAACAGCAAAAGUCUCAGCUACCCGAAUAUAAAUCUGUCAGAAGAAAUGUAUGAAAGAAUUAUGAAGGGCGCAGGAGGGUUUGGGGUUUCUGAAUAUGUGAUAGAUUGCGAUAUAUCCAUUUUUAUAAUGUGGAUUAAAUACUGCGUAGAGAAAUUUUGUUUAUAUAGUGGGAAAGCGGUUUAUAUAUUAUUAAACUGUCUGAUGGAUGGGUAUGUUUACACAUAUAUAUUUAGAGACCAAAACAUGAAGUAUGCCGAUUUAGUUUGUGAGGCAAUAACACAAGGCUGUUCCGAGAAGAAAGAUGUGAUACUAAAUCAUCUUCACUAUAUAUGGUUCAUGUAUUCCAUUUUUCAGAAAAACCUAAAUAUAGAGUUAAUUACCAUACACUUUAACACGAUUCAGAAUCCAAGCUACAUUCCGGGUAAUUUCAUAUAUUAUGAUAAAAAGAAAAUUGUCCAAAUCCUUAAAAGGCUAAAGGACCAGCUAUGCACUAGCGAAGACGCUAUUGCCAAGUUUAACGAGCUUCUACGCCAAUAUAACCCGAAUUCUACCACCUCAUGA